UACGUCUUGGGUCAAUGAAGUUUAGCAGUAGGCAAUAGCUAUAGUUUGCUCUCUGUACUCUUUACUGACAAUAUACUGGCUGAUACUUUACAAACAAAAAAUGAACGCCGAUGUUAACCGAAAAGUUAUGGCCAUCCAGGCUAAGAAAAAGCGAUCGAAGGGACCAAAAUCCAAACUUAAAGGAAGGCCUGAGGUGACUGAAAACAGAAAAAGGUCUGAACAACGUCUUAGUAGUUCUGAGCAGUUUUAUGAGGAUGAUGAAGACGAGGAAGAAAUUUUGGGUUCUGAUGAUGAUGAACAAGAAGAUCCUCGAGAUUAUUGUAAAGGUGGUUAUCAUCCUGUAAAAAUUGGAGAUUUAUUCCAUAGUCGCUAUCACGUUAUACGCAAACUUGGCUGGGGUCAUUUUUCUACCGUUUGGCUAUGCUGGGACUUAGUGGGGAAAAGAUUUGUAGCCCUGAAGGUUGUAAAAAGUGAAGUGCAUUAUGCUGAAACUGCUCUUGAUGAAAUUAAGUUAUUACGUUGCGUAAGAGAAAGUGAUCCUGCUAAUCGCUACAGAGAAAAAGUUGUGCAGUUAUUGGACGAUUUUAAAAUUUCUGGUGUAAAUGGGACUCAUGUUUGUAUGGUGUUUGAAGUUUUAGGUCACAAUUUACUGAAAUUAAUCAUUCGAUCGAAUUAUCAAGGUAUACCAUUAGCGAAUGUAAAGCGUAUCAUUCAGCAGGUAAUAGAAGGACUCGAUUACUUGCAUCGGCAGUGUAAAAUCAUUCAUACUGAUAUUAAACCAGAAAAUAUCCUCAUUGCAGUUGAUGAAAGUUAUGUUAGAAAGUUAGCAUAUGAAGCCACUCAGUGGCAAAAAAUGGGAAUUCGUUUACCUGGUUCCUUAG